UAGCUAACGUUAGCUAACAUUUGUUUGGACAUUAAAGUGGAUUUUUUUUGUAAGCAAAACACUUUAAAUGUAUCGCACAGUUAGUUAUUUUUUAAUUGUUAAAGGAAUUAGGUGAUUUGGCUUGGUAGAAAGCGACCGUGCUGUUUUGUGUAAAUACAUGUAGCUACUCUACAUGUACAUUAAGGUUACUCACGUCCGAGUCACAAGGAGGUCAAAGGACGACAACAAGCAUUAUUGUCAUUAUUGGGUAUCCUCUUGAGUCAGUUGCAGUCAUGGAGUAACACUCUGGGAGCUGUUAAAUUUGUGUUAUGGCUUCUUUAGCGAGCUCCUCAUUAAUAUCACCUGUCGGACUCUUCAGUGUGCACCUGUGCUCAAGAACAAGCAGGACGCUCUCUAAACACGUUUUGUGUCAAAGGAGUUGGUGCCCUGGUGCAGGUGCAUCAUCAGCUCUGUGCAGACAAACAAACUCUCUCUGGUGGAAUGGGACUCGAGGGUUUCUCUCCCGGGGUAGUGGUGGUGGAGGUGCCUCCGAGGAGCAGCAGACCCUGGAGGACCUGGCCCAGAACAUCAGAGAGCAGCAGUACAAGAGGGUGGUGGUGAUGGCUGGAGCCGGGAUCAGCACACCUAGUGGCAUCCCAGAUUUCAGGUCUCCAGGCAGCGGUCUCUACAACAAUCUGCAGCAGUAUGACCUGCCUUAUGCCGAGGCAAUAUUCGAGAUAGGCUUUUUCCAUCAAAACCCAAACCCCUUCUUCGCCCUGGCCAAAGAGCUGUACCCAGGGAAUUAUCAGCCCAAUCUGACCCAUCACUUUGUACGGCUGCUUCACAAGAAGGGUCAGCUCCUCAGGAUGUACACCCAGAACAUCGACGGGCUGGAGAGGCUGGCAGGGAUUCCUCCUGAGAUGUUGGUGGAGGCUCACGGUACUUUUGCCACCGCCACCUGCACGGUCUGCCUGAGGAAAUACAAAGGAGGAGAGUUACGGUCAGAUGUGAUGUCAGGUGUCGUGCCGAAGUGCCCCACCUGUAAAGGCGUGGUGAAGCCCGACAUUGUGUUUUUCGGGGAGGAGCUUCCGUUUAACUUCUUCAAGUAUCUCACAGAUUUCCCACUGGCAGACCUCUUGAUCGUCAUGGGAACAUCACUGGAGGUGGAACCCUUUGCCAGUCUGGCGGGGACUGUGCGCCCCUCUGUGCCCCGUCUGCUCAUCAACAGGGACCGGGUGGGUCCGUUCGCCGGGCGCCGCAGUCCUCAUGAUGUGGUGCAGCUGGGCGACGUGGUCAGCGGUGUGCAAGCCCUGGUGCAGGCCCUCGGCUGGACUCAGGAGCUGGAAGCUCUGAUGGCCGCUGCUGCUGAGAAAGCUGCAACAAAGACAGAAGAGUGACGAAUUCACCGCAUCAAGUUGGAGGUUUGACUUUAUUAUCUGCACUCGCUGUAACGAAAACACCAACACUGCAGGACUAAACCCAGACUUCUUUUCUUACUGGGGCUCAUGUGGUCAUACUUGUUUGAUGUUUGGUUAUAUGAAUCGAAACUCACGGACUUUCAUAUAAGGAACUGCUACAAUGGAAAUGCAGAAAUGUCUCUCUUAUUUUAUAUAAACAGAACACAGGUAAGUGACAUGCAGCUAUGAUCAAACCACGGAAAAAUCUAACUAGGUGUAUAUGUGCAAUAUAAUAUACUGUGCAGCUGAUCUUCCAUGUUGCGUUAACUAUAAGAAAAACGUGCAGUAUUAUAUCGUAUUUAUUGUUCUUUAACUUGUAAUGUGUCAAAACUUUAAGAAAGAAAUACGACAUUUCUUGAGUAAGAAACAACCUUGUUAAUGGCCGUUGUUUGAAUAAGGUUAAUUUAUCCAACUGGAAUCACUUUUUGGAAUAAUUCACAUUUGGUGCUGAGGUGUUUUUAAUGGACUUCGGACAAGAAUGGAGCUCUAUAGCACAGAGAUAGAAGAUAUAUGUUGGUCCUUUCGUGGGAUUUGAUAGUAUUAUAACCUGCAGAGGGAGCCAGAGGACUGCCUUUGGUGUGACAAAGAUCCCUGUUUCAAUUUGAAUUCAAGUGGCGGUUGGUUUUAUAAUACUGAUAAAGGGGAGGAUAUUGUAGUUGUCUGUGAAACGAUACAGAGUAAAUCUCUAGUAUGGUUUACAAUAUCUUAAUUAAACUGAAACAGCAGCAAAUGUCAGCGGAAAUAAAACCUUUCAUUUGUAAAUGAUCAAAUGACGUCAGUUGGGUUAUCAUGUUAUGAUAAUUGCCUAUCACUGUACACACUGCAUUAUGUACUGCAUACUAAAACAUCUUUAUUAAUGCAUACAUUAAAAAAAGUCAUACCUGCAUUUAUAAA